UUACGCUCAACACGAGCGAUGAAAUGAAUGCCACAAACAACGAACGCUUGAAUCUAACCAGCCAAAUUAUACGCAAAAUGCAAACGGACGCGCAUCAAAACCAAAAAGUACGAUCGCCAAUGCUGAAUAUUGUAUCGAAUCAGCCGCUUGAAGAGCAAUUCUGUGAAGUUUGGAGUACCGUUUCGAGCCGUGGAUGGCUAUCGGUGAAGGCAACACAAGUUCUUGAUAAUCUGUUGCAGUCAUGUGGACCGUAUUGGCUUGUCUCGAAGAUGGUCAAUGAAAUUAUUUUUUGUAAAUUUUCCAAGGAUAUCAGUAAAUCCAUGGACAUAGUGUUUGCGGUUAUGCAUUUGAACAUCCAAAAAUGCACAGUAACUUUGCUGUCUGAUAUACUGCCAAUCAUUCUGUUGAACAAGACACAAAAAUUUGAGUUGAUCGAACCACAGCUGUCGGUAUUAGCUCGACUCUGUGUUUAUUCCAUAAUGUCAUCGCUUGAAAAGAAUGCACAUACAGCAAAGCGCUCGUUCAAUGGGAACGAUUCCAGUGAUGAGCGCCCUGCUAAGAUCCGUAAAAUGGAUGAUUCACUAUUAGAAAUACUGUCAGAUGGCCAAGAGAGAGCCGAAAAUGUGACAAAUGGUGACAACGAUACAAACUCAACGUCUUCAGCCAAACUUCAAGAGCCGCUGAAAAGUUGUCUGCAAGACCUAUUCCAAACAUUGUACAAAUUAACAUUUUCGAGUGACUUAACGCCCAAAGUGUUGUUUGUACACCAAUUUCUGACCUAUUUGCAUCGAUGUGGUGGCAAAACCAUUAUGCCCGUUCUUAAUAUCAUUCCCAGUGGACUGAUGAAGAAUUUACUCAAAAUUACCAACGGCAUGAGCUACAACUAUGACUUUAUAUUGAGAAUGUACGACUUAAGUGGAGAGACCGGAAGACAAAACGCAGUAAAUGAUCUGUCGUUGCUGCAAUCGAUACAACUACAAAGCCAGAAUAGCAUCCAGUUUUGAUUGAUCUGUAUAAUAAGCGUCCAUACUGCCAUUGCAAACGUAAAUGGGAUAUGAGUUUUGCAAAAUUUUAAUUUCAAUUUUAGACUAGAAAAUAAAAUGCACUUUUUUAUUCACUUCAAGAGAUUCAUGAAACAAAUCCAUUGCACGUAGUUGCUGAGAGAAAGUAUUAUUGUAAUCGUUCAUGGGCCGAUAUAUGUGAAAGUAGAAGUCUUUCGCAGUAAAAGGCAUUAAUAAAACUAUAAACAGACAAAACAAAA